CAGGACAGAAGUGGAGAAUGCCCGGCGCGUUUUCGGCGAGCAAACAAUGAGUUAGAUGAGCGUGCCAAGUGCUGAUUAAGCUAACAGGUCGGCCCGAGAAAGUGAGACAUUGACCUGCAUCGUCAGAAAACAACAUCAACAGGGGAACAUGUUACUGUCACAAUGCCGAUGGUGGUAAAUUCGUGAAUUCGGGGCACACUCUCCCUGUGUUACUUUGGGGGAAGAAAGGAAGAUGGGGAGAAGAAGGGCCGUGGGACGGUUUUCGAAGGAACAUUACUUCUGUUUGGUUGUCUUUGUACUCGUUCUGUCCGAUACUGCACCUGCGACAGCUAAAGGAACGAGCAGUGAUGCGCUCCCAGACUCCCUGCCGUCCGUGCCUGGAACGCUCCCCCACUUCCUGCAGGAGCCUGUAGAUGCUUACAUCAUCAAGAGCAAUCCAAUCAAGCUUCGGUGCCGGGCCGCACCCGCCCUGCAGAUCUUUUUUAAGUGCAACGGGGAGUGGGUCCACCAGAACCAGCACAUGUCCCAGGAGUACCUGGAUGAAGAAACAGGCCUGAGAGUGCGGGAGGUGAUGAUCAACGUGUCCCGGCAGCAGGUGGAGGACUUCCACGGCCCUGAGGACUACUGGUGUCUUUGCGUGGCCUGGAGUCACCUGGGCACCUCCAAAAGCCGCAAGGCCACCGUGCGCAUUGCAUACUUGCGGAAGAACUUUGAGCAGGACCCCCAGGGAAAGGAGGUGCCAAUCAAGGGCAUGAUCGUGCUGCACUGUCGCCCCCCGGAGGGAGUACCAGUAGCAGAGGUGGAGUGGCUGAAGAAUGAGGAGGCGGUCAGCUCGCUCAGCGACGACAACAUUGACACCCGAGCGGACCACAACCUCAUCAUCAAUGAAGCCCGCCUGUCUGACUCGGGGAACUACACCUGCCUGGCCAGCAACAUUGUGGCCAAGAGACGCAGCGCCACCGCCACCGUGGUUGUGUUUGUGAAUGGAGGGUGGUCUCUCUGGACGGAGUGGUCCCCCUGCAACGUGCGCUGCGGGCGAGGAGUGCAGAAACGCUCGCGUACUUGCACCAACCCCGCGCCCCUCAAUGGGGGCUCCUUCUGCGAGGGCAUGUCCAUGCAGAAGAUCACCUGCAACGCACUCUGUCCAGUGGACGGCGGCUGGGAGGAGUGGAGCGAGUGGACGGUGUGCGGCUCCGGGUGCGAGAGGGAGCGACGGAGGGCCUGCACCGCGCCGGCACCCAAGCAUGGGGGCAGGGAGUGUGAGGGGGCCCAGCAGGACACGGAGAACUGCACGGGAGAGCUCUGCACCCACAAUCGAAAGCUGCUGCAUGACGUUAAACCUCAGAGCAUCGAAGGCAACAACGAAGUGGCCCUCUACUCGGGCCUGGCGGCCGGGGUCAUCGCGGUGGCUGUGCUGGUGGUGGCCGUCAUGCUGUACAGAAAGAACCGCAGCGAGUACGGGGUGGACGUCAUCGACUCAUCCACGCUCACUGGGGGCUUCCAGUCAUUCAACUUUAAGACCACCAGGCAAGGAAACCCCCUCCUGAUCAACUCCUCUAUGCCCCCGGAUCUGACCGUGGGGCGCGCCUACAGCAGCCCUAUCUGCUUCCAGGACUCCAUGGACAAGGAGCUGAUGAGCGAGUCCUCGCUCUUCGACCCCUUACCAGACCUUAAGGUCAAAGUUCAGACCUCCUUCAUGGUAUCGCUGGGGAUGGCAGACCGUGCGGAGUUCCACGCCAAGGAGCACCCCGAGACCCUCCCCCGGGGGCUGCGCCACGGGGACUACGUCAUUGCCGAGAGCCGGGAGAAGAGCCUGCUCAGCCCGGACCCCGUGGACAAGCACUCCAGGGCCCCGCUGAAGACUGUGGGCGUGUUCGGGCACACGGGGGGCCGGCUGGUGGCGCCAAACACGGGAGUCAGCCUGCUGGUACCGCACGGGGCCAUCAGUGAGGACACCACCUGGGAGAUGUACAUGAUCAUCAAUCAGGACAAGUCCAGUGCUCAGAGCGAUGAAGGCUACGAGGUGCUACUCAGCCCAGAGGUCACCUACGGCCCACCCGGACUUGACCUGUCCUGCCCGGUUGCCAUGACGAUAGCCCACUGCGCCGAGGUUGACACAGAGAAUUGGAACAUCCGACUCAAGAGACUAACGCAGGAGAAGAAGUGGGAGGAAGUGAUGUCGGUGGAGGAUGAAACCACUUCCUGUUACUGCCUGAUGGACUCCCACAGCUGCCACCUGCUGCUGGACCGGCCCGGCUGCUAUGCGCUGGUCGGGGAGCCCCUCACUGAGCAGGCCGUGAAGAGGUUAAAGCUGGCUGUGUUCGGCAGCGUUGGCGCCAACAUGGACUAUAGCCUGCGGGUGUACUGCGUGGAUGACACCCCCAACGCCUUUCAGGGGGUGGUUGCCUUGGAGAAGGGUAAGGGUGGUCAGCUCCUGGAAGAGCAGAAGACGCUACUCUUCAAAGGGAACACCUUCAGCCUCCAAGUGUCCAUCCAGGACGUCCCACAGUUUCUGUGGAACAUCAAGCCUUUCACCACCUGCCAGGAGUUCUCCUUCUCCCAGGUGUGGUGCAGCAAGCAGCAGCCUCUUCACUGUGCCUUCUCUCUGGAGAGAUACAGCCCCACCACCACCCAGCUCUCCUGCAAGAUCAGCGUGCGGCAGGUCAAAGGUCACGAGCAGAUCCUCCAGGUCUACACCUCUGUGAUGGAGAGAGAAAAGGAGGCGGUUCCAUUCUUCACGCAGGCUGACUGUACCGUCACCUCUCUGUCUGGGCCCAAAGCCUUCAAAAUCCCCCUUUCCAUCCGCCAGAGGAUCUGUGCCACCUUCGACACAGCCAAUGCCAAGGGCAAGGACUGGCGCCUCCUGGCGCAGAAGCUCCGUAUCGAGAGGAACCUGUCCUAUUUUGCCAAGCAGCGGAGCCCUUCAGCGGUAAUACUGAGCCUCUGGGAGGCCCAACACCAAGACGGCGGCGACCUGGACUCUCUAGCCAGCGCACUGGAAGAAAUUGGCAAAGUCCAGUCCAAAAGCCCAGGGAACAGCAAGAGCUCAGACGAGCCUGGCCCAGACUUCCCCUAGCGGGCGGGCCGAAUCGGAGUGGUCAGAGAACAGAGGAAAGAACUCAGGCUGUGCUUAGCAGAGGGAGCGCCCACAGUCCUCACGGAGGAACCCCUCCUCCCUCUGCUCUCUGACAGUACAUUAACAAAAAGAUUGGCUGAGAAAGGAACCUUUUCAGAUCAAAUAAAAAACAUAAGCCUAUAUACUGAUGAAAGUUCGCUAAGUUGUCCAUGGCGUAUCAGAUGAAAUUUGGCAGGUAUGAACCCUAUAGACAUGCCAGAGAUGGACAGAGAUGCAGCGCUGGUCACAGGGGGAGGUGUUGUCGAGUGAUCAGUGUCUCUACGUCCGGUGGGCCUGUUUCCCAUCAGCCUCCCGCCCACACGCUACCGGGACAAUUCAUGCACUGCAAAGAUGUUCUUUCCAUUCGGUUUUCCCUGUUUCACUUCCUGCUUUUGUUGUGACAGUUCCUGCC